UAAAACUAAAUAUACUAAACAAAUUAAAUGAGCAACGAUGAUGCGGUCAACGUUGUGAAAUAUGCCGGUGACCAAGCGAAAAGCGAUAAUUCGUGGGCCUACGCGCGGAAGUGAGAGAUGAUCAAUGCAGGGAUGCUGAUCACAUCGCUAAAAUCUUUUGGAUAUACAAAACAAAAACUAUUCGUCGGAAUCAAUGUGUGUAUAGAGGAGCAGACAAUUUCCCUAUAAAUACAGUCAUGUCAAACAGUUGUGUUCAUUCUAAUUUGGAAGGAAAGACUUGGUGCACACGCCAAAUAUUUAUGUUGAUACAAACGUAGCUUGCUGAUUUUGAUUGUCAUGCUGCUAAGCAAUGACAUUCCAAGAGUAUAGUCAGAGUUGAAGGAACCAAAUUCGUACGUAAUAAAAAUAGAAUGUCAGAAAUUAAAACAGAUCCCGCGACCAGAGAAGGGCCCUCAACAUCUGGGACACAGCAGCAGAAGCAGCAACAAGUGUCUGCACCGGGCACCGCCAAGCCGCCAGAACACGCGGCUGGGACCAAGAGAUGGCCGCUGGAGCAGAUCCCCAAGGAGAACAAAGAGCCUCCUCUCGACAUCGAACAUGCCACACCGGAGGCUGUGCCGCUGCAUAUGCUCCAACUGCUGGACCAAUGCAAGGGCGAAGUUCCCAAAAUCUCCUCAGCCGAACUUAUGAUGCAUCUCAUCUACCUUGUGGCCCUGGAAAGCGGCUUUGUGGAGAAUGAGACCUACAACCAGACGCGCCACAAGCUUAAGCCGGUGCCCUCCUUCAGCAGUUUCCAUGCCGGCAACGUGCGGAUUCUCAGCCUCGAAACGAUCCACUAUGUAGUCGGAUUCAACGACACCAUGUUCACCAUUAAACUGCGCACGCUUCAGGACAAGCAUGCGACGGAAGAGGCCGCCCUGGUUGUUGCCAUGCAGUCCACCCUUAGGGCCGUCCACCUCGGCGAUGAGCUGAUGGUUAGCCUCAGUCCCCCAGUGUCCUCCAAGCUUCCGGGCUAUAGCAUAGCCCUCAGCAUCGCACGCUAUGUCCUCAACAUUCAGGCGAAAGGAAAACCGAUCUUCAAUCGCUUUCGCAAACUGGACAAUCUCUCCUACCUGGUAAAGCAGCACAUCUUUUAUCCGAUGCGCACCCAGCAACUCAUGCAGGUCAAUCACCAGCUGCUGCCCUCACUCAUGGGCAUGCCCGAAGAGCUCUACGAGAAGAUAUUUCGGCAUCUCAGUCGCAGUGAACUGAAGAUAGUGGCAAAGGUUAACAGUCAUAUGAAUUACCAUACCAAAAGGGUACUGCAGCGUUUCCAUUCAAAAUUCUCCUAAAUUAUCAGUUAAUUUCUGUGAAAUGAAUCUUUUUUUUUUUUGGUGUAUUUGUAAACAUUAAAUAUAUUUAGUGUUUAAGGCAUAAGGUGUGGUUCUGUUUAAAGA